GUCACCUGACCACAACAUUGCCUGGCGCCUUGUAUUCACUAUCAGGAAGUACCAUUUGGCAGCUAACAUUAACGAAUGACGUUACCUGGACCUUCCCUGCUUCCCUGACAGAUAAAUAAGAAGAGCUAGCCAUUUUCAGGUAUGCCACAGAAGGAUCCAUGUCAGAAGCAAGCAUGUGCAAUUCAAACGUGUUUACAAGCUAACAAAUACGUGGAGAGCAUGUGUGAGGAUGUAAUCAGGGAGAUGCGGCGGUGCUGCGAGACACAUGCUGCAAACUCCAUCUGCUGCUCCGGAUUCAGGGAGUCAAAACCCCCGGAGAACAAGAGUAACACAUAGCUCCAUGUGAAGAGAGCACAAUAAAGAACUGUGUGUCAAUGUUUGAAACGCUGUGGUGCAGCUAGCUAAUGAGCCAGUGCGGUGAACUCUUUUCUUAUCUCAAUGUAUAGAAAGUUUGAAUUCGACUUCCUCAUAGCAGUUGUUCUGGCAUGAGACACAAUAGUACCAUCACACCUACAUGUAUGAAGUACAUCUACCAAUUUAUUAGCUCAACAUACCCUGUGUAAGGGCUAAUCCACCCUAUAGGCUAUUGGAUAUAUCUUCACAGUAUGUCUUGAACAAAUUUGACCUGAGCCAGGAAUAACCUCACACCAAGUGUCUAUUCUUACUUAAUGUUUCGGAGAAGAGGGAGAGAAUUUUUAUUUUUAUUUUUAUUUAUUUUUUGGGAGAUAAACACCCACUGAGACAUCAUGUAUUAUUUUACAGUAGACAUGAUAAUGUAACAGCCAUUAAGAUUUAAAUAUAUUCACUGUAACUGAAAAUGGAAAUAGCUUUCUGGAACUGUUUGGGUUUAUUAAAUAAUCAUGUGCAACCAUGAAACACUGUCCUCUCUGCUAUCAUCAACAGAAUCCUUAUAAAUACCAUCCAUGAUAAUUAAGUAUUAAUUCAACAUUAAUCGACACUUAGUACACAAGACAUAAAAAGCUGCUUAUUGAAAAAUAGUAGAAAGAGGAGCUGUAAUCAGAGUUCAUUUCCCUCCUUCAAAUCACUAUUACACUAUUCACUACUAUAUUUCUUUUCUCAUGAAAGAUCAGAGAAAUGGUCCUAUACAGUAAGUCUUGCUGCCAUAAUAUCAGUCAGUUGAAUGUCAGAUCAGGUACCUUUAUAGUCUUAUCCCCCACGUUUGAUCUGUGUUUUGACCUCAGUUAGCUCAGAAUAAAUGGAUUCUGAUUUGGUUA